UGCGGCGAGCUGCGCGAGCUGCGCAUGCGCAGGACGGGGCCUGACGCAAGGGCGCUGCAAUCGCCGUGCGCUUUAUCCUGUCCGACCUUGAGUGCGCGGCCGCUACAGGACCCGGGCUGCCACAGCCGCGCCGGUGUGCACCGCUCCGCUUCUUUGCCUGUGUCCUGCCUCGGCCCGCGCCAGCCUGUGCACCGAGCUGAGUAUCCGUGCCGGGAAGCCACCGUGCACCCGCGCCUCCGGUGCCGGAGUCCGAGCGGCGCGCCGAAAGCGAGCGGUGGUAUCAGGCAUUAUUGGAGACAGCCCCCGGCGGGGGUCCUGCGGCGCGUCUCGGCCCCCCCGCGGCCCACGUGGGUGGAGGUUUCCAGAAGAGCCGCGGCCCCGCGCGCCCUGUCCUCCGCCGCCGCCAUGCUGAGCGCGAGCCGCCUGCCCCUGCUGCUGCCGCGCGCCGCGCCCGCGCCGCCCGCGCGCCCCGCGCAGACAUUUUGGAAUGGCCUCAGCCAAAAUGUUCUCAGAGCAGCAUCCAGCAGGAAAUAUGCCUCAGAAGCGAUCAAAGGCGCCGUUAUUGGGAUUGACCUGGGCACCACCAACUCCUGCGUGGCCGUUAUGGAAGGGAAGCAAGCCAAGGUGCUGGAGAACUCGGAGGGUGCCCGCACCACGCCGUCGGUGGUGGCGUUCACGGCCGAGGGCGAGCGCCUGGUGGGGAUGCCGGCCAAGCGCCAGGCGGUCACCAACCCCCACAACACCUUCUACGCCACCAAGCGCCUCAUCGGCCGCCGCUUCGACGACGCCGAGGUGAAGAAGGACAUUAAGAACGUCCCGUUUAAGAUUGUCCGUGCCUCCAACGGGGAUGCCUGGGUGGAGGCUCAUGGGAAGCUCUACUCUCCCAGCCAGAUCGGUGCCUUUGUCCUCAUGAAGAUGAAGGAGACUGCAGAGAAUUAUCUGGGACAUGCAGCAAAGAACGCCGUGAUCACAGUCCCUGCUUACUUCAACGAUUCUCAGAGACAGGCUACCAAAGACGCCGGGCAGAUCGCUGGCUUGAACGUGCUGAGGGUGAUCAAUGAGCCCACAGCAGCUGCACUUGCCUAUGGGCUGGACAAGUCUGAAGACAAAGUCAUCGCAGUCUAUGACCUGGGUGGUGGCACUUUUGAUAUCUCUGUGUUGGAAAUCCAGAAGGGAGUCUUUGAGGUGAAGUCUACCAAUGGUGACACUUUCUUGGGUGGAGAAGAUUUUGACCAGGCUUUGCUACAGUAUAUUGUGAAAGAGUUCAAGAGAGAGACGGGAGUUGACCUGACUAAAGACAACAUGGCUCUUCAGAGGGUGAGAGAAGCAUCAGAGAAAGCCAAGUGUGAGCUUUCAUCAUCUGUGCAGACCGACAUCAACCUGCCCUACCUGACCAUGGACGCCUCCGGACCAAAGCACUUGAACAUGAAGCUGAGCCGGGCGCAGUUCGAGGGCAUCGUGGCUGACCUGAUCAAGAGGACGGUGGCCCCCUGCCAGAAAGCCAUGCAGGAUGCUGAAGUCAGCAAGAGUGACAUUGGGGAAGUCAUCCUCGUCGGUGGCAUGACCAGAAUGCCAAAGGUGCAGCAGACUGUGCAGGAGUUGUUUGGCCGUGCUCCGAGCAAAGCAGUCAAUCCUGAUGAGGCUGUGGCCAUUGGAGCAGCCAUCCAGGGCGGGGUGUUGGCUGGUGAUGUGACAGAUGUGCUGCUGCUGGAUGUAACUCCCCUGUCCCUGGGCAUUGAGACCCUGGGAGGUGUCUUCACAAAGCUCAUCAACAGGAAUACCACCAUCCCCACCAAGAAGAGCCAGGUGUUUUCUACAGCUGCUGAUGGGCAAACACAAGUGGAGAUCAAAGUGUGCCAGGGAGAGAGAGAGAUGGCCAGUGACAACAAACUGCUUGGCCAGUUCACUUUGGUGGGGAUCCCUCCGGCGCCGCGGGGAGUGCCCCAGAUCGAGGUCACCUUCGACAUCGACGCCAACGGCAUCGUGCACGUGUCAGCCAAGGACAAGGGCACCGGGCGGGAGCAGCAGAUUGUUAUCCAGUCCUCCGGCGGCCUCAGCAAGGAUGAGAUUGAGAACAUGGUGAAGAACGCAGAGAAGUACGCGGAGGAGGACAGGCGGAGAAAGGAACGCGUGGAGGCCGUGAACAUGGCCGAGGGCAUCAUCCACGACACAGAGUCCAAGAUGGAAGAGUUCAAGGAUCAGCUGCCAGCAGAUGAGUGCAACAAAUUAAAGGAAGAAAUUGCUAAAAUGAGAGAACUUCUGGCUCGUAAAGAUAGUGAAACAGGAGAGAACAUCAGGCAGGCAGCAACCAGCCUGCAGCAGGCUUCCCUGAAACUCUUUGAAAUGGCAUACAAGAAGAUGGCCUCGGAGCGAGAGGGGUCUGGAAGUGCAGGAGAUCAGAAGGAGGAGAAGCAAUAAGGAGGAGUCUCUGUCUUGCCUUGACAAGAGAGUGAUGAAGAGGUCGAUUUUCUUGAUGCUUGGGAGAGAAGGGACCUUCCUGAGCAGCAAGGGGCAGAAUUCAGACUUACUGUGUUUUUGCAGUAUUCUAUAUAUAAAAUUCUUCAAUGUAUAAAUUUAGUGAUGUGUCUGCUAGAUAAAUUGUCACUUGAUGAAAGUUAAUUCAUGCCAGACAAAGUUACGAGUUUGGCCCUGGCGUGUUCCCUGAGCACCUGGGGACUGGCUGAUCAUUUAAUACUUGACACAAUGGUGUAGUAAAUCCGAGAUCCAAGCUUGGAAACCAUGUCAUGAAAUUGGAGGGUGGAGAUGGAAGCUGUCCGGGCAUGGGGAGGAGAGUUCAGCCUGCAUGGCUCCUCCUCGUGGGUCUGAGGAGCUGGGAGCAGGUGAGGGCUGGGAGCAGCAGGGGCAAGGCUGGGAACAUUGCUGGAGACCAUUUAGCCCUGAGCUAGGCUGGUACCCUUGUUCUGAAGGAAAGGGGCUACUUCAAACUCAGCUGUAACAUUAUUUCUUACAAAAGAGGCAGUGUGGAAGUUCAAUACUUUGCUUGUCUAAGCCUUCUGCUCCAUCCUGUGUCUGUUCUCUGCUUAUGGUAAAACAAUUUCCUUGAUAAUAAAACUGUUACUGGAUCCAUUCUGGAUUUUUUUAAAAUAAAAGCAGAAAAGUGUCCAACAUGGA